AAUGGCACUAUGCAAUGUCACUACUCACACUGUUAGUGUGAUAGAUGACACUGCUUGCAACUACUGAUCCGUGAUGGAUUGCUAGCGAAAAGUAAAACAUUGACCGUAUAUGCUUAAGAAAACUGAUGUACGUUAGUAGCGUCUGUGUUCAGCACGUGUAGAAAUGGCCGGUGUGUCUCAGAAACCGAAGUUGAUUGUGUUUGAUUUAGAUUAUACUUUGUGGCCGUUUUGGGUUGACACACAUGUGACACCGCCAUUCAGGAAGGACAAAUCUGGCAAUGUUGUGGAUGCUACAGGAGCUACAGUGAAAUUCUAUCCAGAAGUGCCGAAAGUGUUGGACAAACUUCAGAGGGAUGGUUAUGAAUUGGGAGUUGCUUCUAGAACAGGAGAAAUAGAUGGGGCAAAUCAAUUACUUGAGCUCUUCGAGUGGAACAGAUACUUCAAAUAUAAGGAAAUAUAUCCUGGAUGUAAAGUUACACAUUUCAAUCAGUUGAAGAAACAGAGUGGAAUUGCUCUCAAAGACAUGUUGUUUUUUGAUGAUGAACACAGGAACAUCCGCGACCUGGAAGCACACGGAGUGAUAUCAAUACUUGUGAAAAGAGGUGUCACAAUGGAAGUUGUAGGAGAAGGGCUGAAAAUAUAUGCAAGCAGGAAAAAUAAAUAAUCCUUUUAAUUUCUGCUUAUUCAGUAUUUUGUGGUAUGAGUGAUAAUUAAUUUUCAUUGUGUCUUUAUUCCAAAUGUCUAAAAUGUGGUAAUUACAGGAUAUAUAAAAAGAUGCUUGUGUUAGAAAAGAAUAUUACACAUGUCACACAGUACAAACUGAAGAUCUGAAUUAUGAAUUUCAGUAUGUGCUCUCUUGUUAUAUUACAGACUCUUUAACCUACUUUAGCACAAUAUCUGUAUGCUGUAUGUAAACUCAUGACAUUAAGUCCCUUAAAUGCUUGCCAUUCAAAAACUGAAUUUGAAAAUAUUUUAUUGCUCUUAGUGAUAUCUCUCCAGUGACAUUGAUGCCAUGUGUAAAAAGGAGGUAGGAAAUGUAAGUUCAAGUCGAUAAUUGAUUAGAAAAUAUUUAGCCAAAAAUUAUACGAAUUCGAGAUAGAUCUUGAAGAAUUGUAAACUUUCUCCACUUAAUCCAAUAGGGCUAAUGGAUACUUUUAAUUAAAAUGUAAUUGAAAUAUAACCUAUACUAUAUAAGGUAACAUUUUUAGACCAAAGUGUAUUUAAAUAUUCACCUGAUGUGUGACGAAAGUUAUAGAGAUCUUCCAUAUCUGAAUAAUUAUGUUAGCCAUGUUUAGAAAUUAAAAUAAAUAUUCAGUGAUAGUGUCCAUUGCAUUCAGUGCUAUAUAUCUUCGUGUUCCUGAUACUGCUAUCACAGUACACAUGUAGAAGUAUACCAGAUAUUUGUAAACAGAAAAGUGUUACAGUUUUUCACUAUGGCCUAUUAGAAAUAUUGCCAGUGUUGUCCUUGUAUGAAGAGUCCCGCAAUUUUUAAGAUACGACCAUACAUCAUAUAUCUGACAAUACACAAUAGUGUUUAUUGACUGCAUUUCUGGUGUGAUGCUUUCAUGAAUCUACACACACACACACACACACACAACCCCAGACACCUUCUGUUGUGUGAACAGUUUUUGUUUUGAGAACCUUCUUUUUCAUUAAUUUGCUGUUUUACGUAUAUGUUAGCUCCUCUUUGAAUCAGCUUGAGUGUUUCAUUUUUGAAAAACCAAAUAUUCAAGUUCUAUAGUAGCGAACUGUCUUCAGUGGGAUUACAAUUUGAAUUCACUCAGAAAGUGCUGGUCCCUUUACUGCAAAAAAUAUCCUUUCCCAUUCAUUAAUAUUUGGAAAUUUACCUGGUACCACUCUGGUCCUCUGUGCAGUUACAAUAUAAGAGGGGCAGGUGCAUCAUCACCCAUGUUUAGUAUUUGAAAGUCUUCAGUAAUCUUAUCACUUUUGUCCAUACAGGUAUGAAUCUCUGACUACAGUGAACUUUGAGUUUAGUGUUCCUGCAUUUAGUGAAAUCCAGUUUUUUGUGAUCCUAAACAAAGCUCAACACAAACACUGCAUUAUUUUAUUAACUUACCUAUACAUUAUGUUAGACACAGUGUCAGUAGCUUUAGCAGUUUUAAUCGCAAACAUAAUUUUGUUGGGUUUUAUUUUUAAUAUAAAAUGAAAAUACAUUCGAAGCAUUUUGUCAUUCUUUGCUUCCAAGUGCCUGAACUAUACAAAACCAGCAUUAGACAGCCCAUAGUUAACACAUUUUGUACUGCUGUGGUGAUACAAAAUAUGCAUGUGCAUAUUUUCUCUAUAAGCUGAAUUGGUCAAAAUGUUCAGAGAUAGCCCUGUGGACAAAGAAUAUGCAAAAUGGCACAAAAAAACACAAAGUCAGUAAGUUUGAAUACUUUAGCAUUGGUAUCUUAGCAGUAAAUUUUCAACUGAAAACUACAAAACAGUGCAAAAAUGUUGGAGUUCCUAUUAAAUAUUUUAUGUAUCAUAUAGGUUAUAUAUAAAAGAGAAAUUAAUACAGUAUUGAAGCAGGAGUGUAUACUUAAUGUAAAACAUUAUAUUUUUCAGUUCCAGUUGUAGUGAAUUAUAGCAUUGUUUAAAGAUGAGCACUGUUGUAUAAACAAUUGAACUAUUCAUGUAAGUCAAUAAAAUGUAAUAUGGCA